AACUAUCUUUGCUACGCCAUUUGCAUGUUGUAUGAGCAAUCGGGCAAGAUGUAUAUAAAUCUUCUCGGGCGCGACCUCGAACUAUCAGACACCACACCUCGGUGAUUUUUAUAUAUUAUCACGCACAUCUUGACAUUUCACCAUGGCGCAAGCAACGGUACCAGCCACGGACCCCAGUGUCUAUAGCGCCUACCAGGACAAAUGGUCCCCACUUCCUACCACAUCUGAAGACUGGAUUAAUAGAGCACGGGAAGUGGCCGCCGUACUGUCCCAAGAUGCCGCGCAGAGAGACCAGGAAAACAAGUCGCCGCGAGCUGAAGUAGCUUUACUGAAGCAUUCGGGGUUGCUAAAGCUACUAGGUCCUAGGAAGUAUGGAGGAGGCGAGCAGCCCUGGGAUGUAGCCUACAAAGCCAUCCGUGAAGUGGCCAAGGCGGACGGUUCUAUUGGCAUGCUACUCGGCUACCAUCUCCUUUGGUCCACCACUGCCAAUGUGGUCGGCACUGCCGAACAAGCCGAGCGCACCCAUGAGUUGAUCAUUUCCAACAACUACUUUGUGGGCGGAGCCGUCAAUCCCCGCGACAGUGACCUCAAGAUCACCUCAGAUGGGGAUCAGCUCGUCUUCAACGGCGCUAAGUUCUUCAACACCGGUGGCGUCGUCUCCGACCUCACCGUGCUCGAAGGUGUGUUAGAGGGUACAGAUCAACACAUCUUCGCCCUGGUGGAAACCAGACAGCCCGGGAUUCAAUUCGCCCACAACUGGCAUAACAUUGGUCUACGACUGACCGAAUCCGGCGGUGUCAAAAUUGACAACGUCCGCACUCCCUGGACCGAGGCCCUGGGCUGGGAUGCUUCCACUAAGCAACCGCGCCAGGACGUCCUCGGUGUGCCCUUUGCCAGCUUGUUACUACCCACCAUCCAACUCGUCUUCAGCAACUUCUACCUCGGCAUCGCCAUCGGCGCCCUCGAAUUCGCCGCCAAGUACACUACGUCCAAUACUCGCCCCUGGCCCUUCGGCGGUGACAACAAGGACUCCGCCACUGACGAAUUUUACAUCCUCGAGCGGUACGGAAAUUUCUUCGCUCACCUGCGCGCCACGGAGGCGCUGGCUGAUCGAGCGGGCGAGAAGCUGGCCGCUCUGUAUGCGCGAUACACUUCGAACCGUCCGACGCUGACGGCGGAGGAGCGCGGGGAAGUGGCUGAAUGGAUUGCGAGCGUCAAGGUAGUCACCACGGAUGUAGGGUUGCGGGUCACAAAUGGGGUUUUCGAGGUCACAGGGGCGAGGGCCACGUCGUUGAAAGUCGGGCUGGACCGGUUCUGGCGCGAUAUCCGCACCCACACGCUGCAUGAUCCGGUCGCGUAUAAGAAUCGGGAGCUGGGGAGGUAUGUUUUGUUGCAGGAGCUGCCGACGCCGACGUGGUAUACUUGAGUAGGGUGUUGUGUUCUGUCGGAAGGCCAUGUUGGUUUCUCUCAGAUGUUUCGCUUGUUCGGUGCCUCUAGCGUAUACUUGCACUUGUGAUGGACAAUAUUUCUUUCAAAUCCAUUUCCAGCUUGCACUAUAAGCUUACGGGAAUGUGGAUGAACCGCAUGCAAUAUACUGAGGAGCUAUACUAUGCUUUCUUCACGCUGGAAACCUGCUGAUAUGCCUCAACCCCCUUCAGCACAACAAGUAUUCAAAAACCCCCAAGUUGUAUCUGACUGAACAUUGACAAGUAAUGCUUCUUUAAAAAAUGCUACCUCUCACGAGUUCAUCCGAUUUGAACCAGGAAAAUCAC